AUGGUCAGCCAAUCAACGAUCCAAAAUCGACCACCGCCUUUCUCUCAUCCAACAGCCCCAGAAACUGAGACGCCGCGACACACGGGAUCAUACCCACGUCCACAGUUUGGCUUUUCUUUACGGCUUCCGAAACCUCACCCUCUGCUGCUUCACUUUGUUGUUUCUUCUCCCCCUUCUCUUACUCCUUUUUCACGGCCACAUUCCCCCAAAAGCAGCUCCGCUAUUACCAGACUAACCUCGCCGGGAUCUCUCUGCCAAGGCGUCAUGCAGUCUGCCGCCGACGAAACCGCUGCUCGAUCGCCGCUUGAGAAGCCGCUCCACCAGCUCACUGAAGAUGACAUUUCUCAGCUCACUCGCGAAGAUUGCCGCAGAUUCCUCAAAGAGAAAGGGAUGAGAAGGCCGUCGUGGAACAAAUCGCAGGCAAUCCAGCAAGUGAUCUCGCUGAAAACCCUACUUGAAGCUCCGCCGGAGUCCGACGACGGCCAACCUCCUCCGCGCAGGCGCUACAUUCCCCGUCCCGAUAACGGCCAUCGUGCCCCUGCAAAUCCCUCUGUUUCGGUGAGAGUAACCGCCGCCGAUUCUCCGAUCUCUGCCCCUGCCGAAGAAUCUGCUCCUUAUCGCCGGCAUGAUCCUCCGCUUAAUGACAUCCCGGCAUCUGCUCCGGUCGUCCGUCACGCCGCCGCAGAUAAUGAUUCUGUCUCCCCCAGAAGUACAGGUGCAGCAGCAGCUACCGAGCAAGCAGGGCAGAUGACCAUAUUUUACUGUGGGAAGGUAAACGUCUACGAUGGUAUGCCAAGAGAUAAGGCUCGAGUUAUCCUGCAGCUCGCUGCAAGUCCACUCCCCUUGACUCAGGAUAGUUCACCUGAUGGCAAUCAACCAGUAUGGGCAUUUCCUGGCCAAUCAGAAACUCAAGGUCCCAAAGCAGCUUCAAUUUCAUCAGCAUUGGGCUUCCCUUCCAUGCAAACUGGUUCAAAUAUUCAACAAGUGCAGUAUUAGUGUUAGUGAAACUGGCAGAAAACUGUCAGCUGCAAAGAGACAACUGCCAGUUAACUCCUGAAGUCAACCAAGAAGGCCCUGCGAGUAGAAAAGCAUCGGUGCAGAGAUAUCUGGAGAAGCGGAAAGACAGGUGUUGAAGGUUCAAGCACAAGAGAAAAGUAGGCAUGCCCUGUGCAACGGCUGCUAAUUUGGACAUUUACUACUUAAACAAUCGGAUGGGCGAUCAAGUCUUAAAUGAACACUGGAGCUCAGGUGAUGCUUGCUCCUCUCCUCAAUCAAUGCGGUGCAUCUCAGUUGAGAACCCAGCAAAGCACUCCAAUCUCGCUGCUGAUCUUGGUGCCAAAGAUGUGCAAGAAUGUUAGCUGCUGGGGAGGAUAAAGCAAUCUUGGUAACCAGUUAACUCUUCAGCCCACAUCAAAGGCUUGUAAUUUGGUGCAGUGGCUUUUAAUAAAAACCAGUAGUGGUCCAGGAGGAAGGCAUCUGGUUGUUUGUUGCUUCCUUCCUGGCUAGAGUACUUCCAAGCAUUUAGUCUCGUCGUUGUAGAGUGAGCAAUGUUGCGGCCAGCAGAUACCAAGAAAGCAGAGUCUAUGUACAACACAGGUUGAGUGCAAAGUGCUUUGAAAUCGGUAACUUGGGUAGUUCCAACUUCCAAUCUCAACCCUACAUCUCUCUAAUGACACAAUUUACAUGGGAUGGAUGGUGAUGAUACUCUAACCAUUCUGGUUCUGGAUAGCCUCAUGUGGAGAUCACCGGGAACUCCAUUCAAGUUCCAACCCUACUCAGGGAAAUGAAUGCGGCGAAAUUGGAUGUAGGGACGAUAAUCGGUAGACUUUUUGGAUGACACAUGAAUAUUAUCGGUAGACUUAUUGGAUGAUACAUAUGAAUAUUAGGGAAUUGCUAUUUAUCACCCUAAAACUCCUUAUUAGUCGUCCUGUUAAUUUUACUCUAGUGCCCU